AUGCAGCUUGCUCUUGAUAAUUUUAUAGGAGAAUAUGGUCGGCUAAACCCGGAUACAGCCGCAAGGUACUAUAACAUUGGAAAAAUUCUACUGAGUCAGAAGGAUUAUGACGCCGCUUUGACAUGUCAUUACGAAACACUAGACAUCAGACUAAAGCUUUAUGGGCACAAUCAUGCAGAUACCGCCGACAGCUAUUACCAGAUUGGAAGAGCCCAACUUGAGAAAAAAGAUUACAAGUCAGCACUGCAAUCGUUCGAGCAAGCACUUGAUAUCAGAGAAAAUCUUCAUGGGAAAAUCCACCUAAACUUUUCCUCCACUUGUAAUCAGAUUGGAGCGACAAAGUAUUACUUGAAAGAGUACGAUUCAGCUUUGCAUUGGCACCAGCAAGCCCUGGAUAUUAGGGUAGCGCUCUAUGGAAAGGAACACGCAUCCUCCGCUAACAGCUACUCCUGCAUUGCAGAAUGUCAGUGCAAAAUGCAAGAUUAUGAUUCUGCUUUGGAGUCAGGUCAACAGGCACUUGAUAUCAGACUAAAGCUUUAUGGACACAACCAUGCAGAUACCGCCGACAGCUAUUACCAGAUUGGAGGAGCGCAACUUGAGAAAAACGAUUAG